GCCUCCCCAGCCCCCUCCCCGCCCCCGGCCCCAGACCUGGACCCGGACCCAGACCCAGAUCUUGACCAGCGGCACACCCACGAGGAGCAGUAUGUGAGCGAGGGCGAGUCCAUCCAGCUUGACACACACCUGGCGCCGCCCAGCUGCAGGGACGCUGAGACCAUCACAGAUGUGUGCAACAGCACUGACCUGCCAGAGUUUGAGAUCAUCAGUCUUCUAGAGGAGCAGUUGCCGGUGUACCGGUUGCGGGCUGACACUGUCUAUGGCUACGACCACGAUGACUGGCUGCACACUCCCCUCGUCGCACCGGACGCCAAGCUUGACCUGACCACCGAGCAGAUCGAAGAGACACUCAAAUACUUCUUGCUAUGUUCAGACAGAGUGGGCCAGAUGACGAAGACCUACAAUGACAUCGAUGCUGUCACCCGUCUGUUAGAGGAGAAAGAGAGAGAUAUGGAGUUGGCGGCAAGAAUCGGCCAGUCGCUUCUGAAGAAGAACAGAACUCUGACUGAGCAGAAUGACUAUCUGGAGGAGCAAGUGGCACAAAUCACAGAAGAGGUGGCCCAGCUGCACCAUGAGCUGAACCUGAAGGAUGAGUUGCUGCAGUUUUACACCAACGCAGCCGAGGAGAGCGAGGACGAGUCCAGCACCUCCCCAACGGGUAAGAAAAGUAAAGUGGAAAGUGCUUCCGGAGGCUUUUUGAGUGACACCCUCCAGAGGAAACUCAAGGAUCUGGAAGAGGAGAACCUCUCCCUCCGCUCAGAGGCACACCACCUGAAAUCAGAGACUGAAACUUAUGAAGAAAAGGAGCAGCAGCUUGUCAAUGACUGUGUGAAAGAGCUCCGGUUGUCCAGUCUCCAAAUCUCUACCAUAGCGGAGGAAUUGGCUCGUAAGACUGAGGAUGCUUCCCGCCAGCAAGAAGAGAUCACACACCUACUCUCUCAGAUAGUAGACCUGCAAAAGAAAGCCAAAUCUUAUGCGGUGGAGAAUGAGGAGCUUUCUCAACACCUGGUGGCAGCUAAAGACGCCCAGAGGCAGCUUACAGCAGAGCUCCAGGAGUUGGAGGGGAAGUAUUUGGAGUGUAUAGAGAUGCUGCAUGAAGCCCAGGAGGAGCUGAAGAACCUGCGGAACAGAAACUUCCCUGCAGGAACCCCUCGACGCUGCCAUCCUCUGGGACUGUACCCCAUGGAUUCUCUGGCAGCUGAGAUUGAGGGAACGAUGAGGAAGGAGUUGAGUCUGGAUGACCCCGAGUGCGAGGAACUGAAAAUACAUCGGAAGCGCGUUUUUGAGACGGUCAAGAAUGUCAACCAGACAGUCCGUCAGCGUUCUCUGACUCCAACCAACGCCAACAUCCCGGGCUCCAACCAGUCCCUGUCCGCUCGUACGUCGCCCCAGUCCAGCGGCCUCACCACACCUCACUCCAGCAUGUACGGUGGGGACAUCAGCGGAGACAGUGUUGCCCUUGACAACCGAACGCAGAGCAUACUGAUGGAGACUGCUGCCAAUCAGGAUAGCACAGAGGGCCGAGAGAAGAAGGCCAGCGGAGCUGAGGACCUGCGUCUCGCCCUGCGCCGCCUGUCUCUGCGUCGACAAAACAACCUGAGCGAGAGGCGCUUCUUUGAAGAUGAGAGGGAACGGAGACGGGUAGGACAUGGAGGGGUACACGAUGCCCUGGGCCAGGAGUGUGGCCAGAUGACUCCCUCGGAAAGCAUCAUGUCCCUCGGGAACCUCCACCUUUGGGCCUCACGAGGGCCCUACCUCCCUGACAAACUCCAGAUCGUCAAACCGCUUGAAGGCUCUGCCACCCUGCAUCACUGGCAGCAGUUAGCCCAGCCUCACCUCGGUGUGAUUCUGGACGCCAGGCCGGGAGUCGUGCCCAAGGGCUACAGACCCCUGGAACUAGAGCUGGAGCAGGUAUAUCCAUGGGGUGGCUUUGAGGAGGAUGAACCGGGGGAGCAGUACUUCCAGAAUCUGCCCACCUCCUCUGCUUCUGCCUCCCCAGCCGUGCCCUCCACCUCCAGCACGGGUGAAACCAACCUCGGGCAGCCUCCAUCCAGCCUCGCCCCACCUUCUCCACCCUCUCCAUCCCCAACGCCACAUCUCAGCAACACUGACGUCCUGGCUACAUAUUACCCAGGGAAAUGCAUGGCCCACACCAGCUCUACCUACACCUUCACGACCUGUCGCAUCCUCCACCCAACUGAUGAGCUGACGCGGGUCACGCCAAGUCUGAACCCAGUCCCAGCGUCGUCCUCCUGCGUGAUGACCAGCACUCUGUUGGGUACCCCUGCUGCUGCUACACCCUGCACACCCCGCAGGCUCGGUCUCAGGCCGUCUGAGUCCUCAACUAACCUCAGAGAUGCAACACGCACCACCAGUACUUCCCUGGGGUUAGUGCGCCUUCUCCAGGAGAGAGGGAUCUCAGCAGCAAUGUAUCACCAGAGCCAGGGCCUGGAGUACGGCCAGGGCAACGGAGGAGUCUUAUUCAGCACCUCCAUCACCCCUAACCGAGUGCCCAACCCCGACCCUCUGCGCCCCUCUACCCCUCCCAACUCGCCUACAGGACAGGGAGUUUCAGCUGGGCCGGUGCCCGCAGGCUUCGACUUUAAGAGCCCUUCGUACGACAACUUCCUGGCCUCCAAACCGGCCCGCUCCAUUCUGAAGGAGGUGACGGGGAGGAUGAGGGGCAGGCAGAGAGGGAAGGAUUGCGAAAGCCAGACGGACGUUAGCGUGACCGUCCACAACCUCAACCUGCUGGACAAGGUGAAGCAGCUGGGUGUGGCUGGAGCUCAAGGGGGCAGAGCAAUGAGUCCCGGCCCCAUACUGGGGCCUCUGGGCGGGCUGCGCAGAUCCGGCUCCCCUUUUGGGCCCGACGGAAUGAGGAGGAACCGGAGUUAUCCUGCCAUGGUUGGGGCCAGCAUGGCCAUGAAAGCCCCAGGGCCCCAGGAGUAGUCUGGACUGCUGCUGGCCAGUAUGGGAGCCAAGUAGGAGCCAGGCAGGGCCCAGGACUGACUGCUGAGCAGCCACCUGGAGCCCAAACACUGUUCAUACUGUACGACAGCAACAUGGCACUACUGACCCUAUGCAUUCUUUAGUGCUUUUAGGUGGUGACUCAUGCUUGAAUUAAAAAGCUAAAUAACUUCACCCAAAUUACAAAAACCUAUUCUGGUAUGCACCCAUGCAGUUUAAUGGCCACAUAUUAUAAUGACAUCUCUGAAAUGUCUCAGAGAUUUCUUAGUUUUGACACGGAUAUCUAAAACUCUGGGCUUAUGAAACCAAUUUUAUAUAAUUAAAUUGUAUGAAAUUGGGUGAACUGACUCAUUAAAACCAGAAUGUCAGUAUAGUUAUUGAGAUAUCUCCCACUGCUGUCCACUCACAUCCCUGCUUUGGAGACUGACUCUGCUGGCUAGAUGUAGUACUCCCACUCUUGCCUUUUCUGAAACAUAUCCACAAAAUCCCACACACAUCCAGACAUACAGGUGCACUCUGUUAAAUCUGGCAUCGCACUAGUUGGCUCUUUGUAGUCUCUGUAGCACUACACCAUGCCUUUCGUCUUCUCUAUUAUUGGAUUAAGAUCCAUCUUUUAUAAAUGAUUCAAAACUUUACACCAAAUACAUGAAAGUAUGUCACCCUUACCCUCAGUCUCUCCACUGAUACUCACCCGACCUAAAUCCCUCCUCAAGUGAUUAGCUGUAAGUCACUUUCAGCAAAAUUGUUAAAUAGCUUUUAUGUCAGUAUUAAAGAUACUUUGGUUUAGUUUCCUUAUUGGCCAUUAGACAGUGAAGUUGAUGGUGCUCUCAAUGAAUGGGAGGGGUCGAUACGCUGAAACCACAGCUCACAAAGAGGACGAGAGAGGGAUGAGGGAAGUGGCUAAUCAGCUGUUGUGGUCAGAAGCUUUCGGAAAAAUAAAGCAAUAUAGUGCCUCGACCAUCUGUUUUUGAUAAUUUAUGUUCUUCAUAUAUUGGAUUGAGGGUGCGAAAGAGCUGUCACACAGGCAGCCAUUGUUGCACUUUGGUUUAUUUAUUUAAAAAAUAUCCUAUGAAUUUGACCUAUUUUUCAUAACAAUAUCUUGUCUUACAUGUGCUCACUGUAUAUACUGUUCAUUGUCACAAAAUUGUCACUCAUAAAGGAAUUAUGUGUAGUGCAUU